UUCCUCUGGCAAUAUUUUCCAUUUCAUAUACAUAAUUGCAAAAAAGAUAGCCCAGAAAACAACAAAGAGUUGCAGAGCACCACCAAGCCAUUUGUUUCAGGAACAGUAACUGGCUACUAAGAACCUCAAAGAUCAAACGAACAAGCCGCCAUCACAGAGAACAUCUUAGUAUUUAAGUCCCGGCUGAGAGUAAACAGCACAAGACAGUUCAUUUAGGUGGGAAUUUUUUUAUGAUCAGAUGAUUCCCGACAGAUGUUUUGGAAGCUUGCUUCUGGUUCUAAUUGGCAUGUUUUCCAAUGUAAUAGUUGUUAUUGCAGAUUGGAGGAAAAAUGGAGUUGGGGGAAUUCUAAGAAUGGAGAAUGGCUCGGUGGUGGGUUCUUUUCAAGAGGCUUCUGGUCCGGGUCCUCCCAUUUUGUUAGAGCUUAUGGCAAUUAAGAAGGGCUUGAUUUUCUUUGCUUCAAUCCAACGGCGUUUUGAGGAUCGCUUGAUUGUUGAAUCCGAUAGUAAAGUUGCGGUGGACUGGAUCAAGAACUUUGAUAGAUGUCCCAAUGUAUAUGUAGACCUUGUGUACGAAAUUAUUACUAAGUUAAGAGGUUUGGGAGGCAUCAUUUGAUGGAUUGCUAAGUCAGCUAAUGUUGAGGCUGAUGCCUUAGCAAAGGCCGGUAUUGGCUAGCUGUUUAGCCUUUUGGUUAUGUUCGGGUCUGUUAUUUUUUUAC